AUGACUGAUAGCCCCCUUCUGGUGCCUGUGCAACUGCAGGCAUUUGUUCUGAACCCCGCGGUAUGCAACACGGCCGACGACAAUAACAGCCGGGUCAUCCCCAUCACGCAGCCGAACUACACCUUCCUCCGUCUCGAUAACUUCCUGAUCCAAAAUGAUGUGCUGCGCCAUGCCGACCUCCACAACAGCGCUCCAGCCUCGCUGAACACGCGCAUGUCCGAUCUGGGAGUCAACCCGGCCGUUCCCCGGCGGAACCGCCAUGGAGUGUACCUGCACUGGACAGUGCCUCGGACCUACCGCGUGGGCAUCGCCUCUGCGGAUUCGGCGUCCGCAAAGCGCCAUCAGGAACACCGCAGAAAGCGAGGCCUGCCGCCCCAGGAUCCCGACGAGACGCCGGUCAAGUCCAACACCCCAGAGUACCUCCCGCCACCGACGCGGUGGAUCGUGGUCAGGAGGCUGGACCUGGACAGUGUCAAGCCCCCAGAGGCCCAGCCGAGCUUCAAGAAGUACGAAGCGUGGGUGGUUGAAAGCGACUACCUCUGGAAGCUCGACGAUAUCCCAACUGAGGUGGAUCUAGAGGUGGACGUGUCGCCGUUCGUGGUCGGACAGGCCGGCAGCGACGUGGAUAUCGUGGAGCAGGCCGAGGUUUUUAUCGGUCGCCGAACGCGCCUGCAGGACUGGAAAGAUGAUGCGCCCCAUGACAUGGCCGAUAUCACCCUGCUGCGCAGCAGCAAUCAGCUGUUCGCCGACUUCCAGCUACACAACGCCAAUGUCUUCAGCAUCCUGGACAAUUUCCAGUACGGCACCACGGCUCAGCCUCAGUAUCUUGACAGCGCCCAGGCCAGCUACUAUCUUCUCGGCUGGCACCGGACCGACGACCUCGACCCGCUGUGGGAUUCCCAUCAGGAAUUUUCCCAUCAGGAUCGGCUGAACGCGCUCUUCAUGGCGCUGAGCCGGGCCGGAGAUCAGGGGGCCAUCGACGACUGGCUGAACGCGAAAGACGCCGUCCGUCUCAUCUGCCAUGGAGCCAUGUACCAGGUGAAGUGGGAUCACAACCAGAAACCGGCGCAUGUUCCGGCCGACGACUUCGCCCAGCGACUGGGACAACAGGAGGCGCCCACCAUCUCGGUCGGCACGACUCCCAUGGACGCGAUGCUUUCCUACUGCACCGCUCGCAAGGGCACCGGGGAAGAUCCACCGUCUAUCGCCAAGCUGGAGGAGGACCUCUUGGCCAUCGAUUCGCUACUGCACGCACGCGAUGAUGGAGUCGAAGGACAACGCGAGGCCAAGGACACCGUGUAUAACUGGAACUUUAAGCGCUCGCCGGGCGGCAGGCAUUAUUUCAUUGCAGACGAUGGGAACGGCCGGCCCACGCAGCCCACCCCGGAGGGGGUCGAGGCGCUGAAGACGGUCAAUGAAUAUCAGCUACUGCUCGACGCGUGCAGCCGGACCUGCCAGCAGCACCAGUGGGACAUGUUCUCAUGUUGGUGGAAGUACCAAAGUGACGUGAGCAAGCGAGACGACCCGGACACGAACCAGAAGUUCCGAGAGCAGACCAAGGCGAUUGCGCAGCAAAUCGCCGAUUUACAGCGACGGGGCUCGGAGCUCCAGAAGGCAAUUGACAAUAAACUAGGAGAAGCGCCCCUGGUGCAUGCAAAGUCCAGCACCCUGCCUUUCUUCUACCAAGCGAGGGACCCGACGGUUCUCGUCGGCGGGAUUGACUCGGGCUGGCCGACCGACUAUCUGGACGACAUUGCCGUUCGUCUCGCGGCGCAAGUGGUCGAAUCCGAUAGCCUGCCGAGCGAUCUGACUGCACUGUCGUCUCUGGUGCAGAAGGCUUUGCCGCCGCAGCUCAUGUCGGCUGGAGCCAGCCUGCUGUCCGAGUUUUUCGCCCUGCGACCCGGUGGUGGAGCAUCGGGCGAUCCCCCUGCCGGCAAAAGCUACCCCCAGUUCCAUGACACCAAGGAUGACGGACGCUGGCGGGAUCAAUGGGGCGAUCGCCAGCCAUGGUUCCCCCUGUACGCCGAGUGGGAGGUGGAAUACACCCACGUUCCCUUUCAAUACUGGGCUCUGGACGAGCAGACGGCCCGUCUGUCGGACAACAAGCAGGUUCGAUACGGCGUCGAGGUGCCCAGUGGCAAUCCGCUGUAUGAGGAACUGGGCGACCCAUCCACCCACGACACGCGCAUCCUGUCCGGUCGAGUGCUGAUUCUCCCCCAGCCCAGCUUCUCCCUGAAAGCCAAGGUGAACCAACUGUUUCAAGACACGGCCCCGGAGAUCCUCGACAAGUUCCUCCCCGCAGAGGAGCGCAAGAACCUCCUGGACCACAUCGGCGAACUCUCGUAUCUCUCGUCUCCCUUGACGGGGCUGACGGACGGACUCCUCACCCUGGCCCAGGGCACGCAUAUUAAGCCGGAGAAUAAAACCGUCGACGCCCAGGGGGAGCGUACGAACCCGGUCCACGCCGCAGAGGUGGUUGACGCCGGGUUUACGGCCCAAAAUAUCAGUCUGAUUGAGGGCAACUCGGCCCUGACCCCGUUUGCCUCCCUGAUCAACUUCCCCCCGUCAUCCUACUGUCCGUUCAAACCCGUCUCCCAUGGACAGUUCAGAUUCCGGAAGUUCAAUAUCAUUGACAAGUUCGGUCAGGCCCUGUGCGCGGUGGACCCCCAGCCCCGGUUGACCGGGCCCCCGCCGCUGUAUCCCUGCAUCAGCGACUUCUACGAGCCUCAGGUGGUGGCAGGCACGAAUAACGCCAACACGGUGAUUAAGGACGAGGACGGCAAGUGUGAAUUCAUUCAGAUCCCGCCGCAGGUCAAUCAGAAUUCUCGAUUCAACGCCGCGUUUGUGCACCGCACCGCGGACGACUCCCCCGCCGGUUCAGCGUACUGGCGCCCCGUUACGGAGUGGGAGAAUCCCAUCUGGGGCUGGCUGGUCAUCAAUUAUGCCGAUUACGGCAUCCAGCUCUUUCUCCCCGAUGGCACCUUCUACCGGGAAGUGCGAGUGGGAGGCCCCAACGGCGCGUUGGCGGAGCCCAAAUGGAUGCCCUUCGCGCCCGAUCAGUCAGUGCCAGGGCCCGACACAGCCCAGCUCGACGCCCUAAUUGACCGUCUGGUGCAGCCCGACUACCUCCGCGGGUUUUGGUACAUGGUCUCCCAGGCGUUGGAUAGCCUGCAGUCUGCCCCAGACGCCUACGGGCAGUUCCUGAGCUCGAUCGUCGGCCGGCCACUUGCGCUGGUCAACAUGGGCUGGUCCCUCGAGCUGGACCGGCCGCCCCUGACGAACCAGUCCACUGUCACCGUGGGCGUCCCCUCCGUUCCAGACGUAUGGCUUCUGGACCCCGGUCCGGAAGCGCCUCAUCGGGACAUGGUGUACCAGUUCCGGGCCAAGCUGGGAGAUAAAGACCGAGAAUACGACGGACUGGUUGGGUACUUUGAUGCAAAACCACAGCCGGGCCCGGGCGACAAGGGCCACGAGCUGAUCCUUGACAACAUCUAUACGUACUUCGCGCCCAAGACGCCCAUGAACCCCCUGAAGCCUCUCACCAGGGAAAACUAUCCCGCGUUCAAGCCAUACUGGGUACCGCCCACUGCUGCCAGUCCCGUCAGCCCGCAGGACUACACGGACCGGCGCAACCAACAGCUCCAGGUGUACGGGGCCAUCCUGGACCCCUUCACCCCCGUCCACAUGUAUUCUUCCUUCCUACCGGCACAGCCCCUUCAGCUCGCCCCGUGGACCUGGCAAGACGCAAUGAACCGCAUGACGGCCUUCUUCCACGCGGGUCCAUUGACGCUGACCGCCGAUGUCAAACCGUAUGAUGCCAGCCGCAAGCUGACCACACAGAAUAUGAAGAACGUGCCGCCGGAUAACCUGGCCCUGCCCGCUCUGGCCACGGGGGACUGGAACUGGCUUCAGCCGUACGUCGACAACGGUGGCGCAGAAGCCUUCAAUUCAUACGGCAUCGAGAGGAAGGGUGAUAUUCUAAAGCCGGGCUUUCAGAAUGGCCCGUAUACGGUGGUGGAGGGGUUUCUGCAGUUGAGAAAUCCCAUUAUGAGCGACAAUCCAUCGGACUAG